GCCUCGCCGGGCAGUGGCGGCUGUGGCGGCUGUGGCGCCGGCGCCUCCGCGGCUGUGGUGGCGACCGGGGGCUUUCCGGCGACCCGGGCCCCGCGCAGCCGCUCUCGGAGCCGCCCGGCGCCGGCGGAGGCCCCGCUGCCUGCGGUCGCUGUCCCUGGCCGCCCGCCAGCAGGCCUGGCCGCUGCGGCGCGGGGAGAAGCGGCCCUCAGGGCCAUGUCCAGGCCGAGCAGCGUCUCCCCGCGGCCGCCCGCGCCCGGCGGCGGCGGCGGGAGCGGCGGCGGCCCCGCGCCCUGUGGCCCUGCGGGCGGCGGCAGGGCCAAGGGGCUGAAGGACAUCCGCAUCGACGAGGAGGUGAAGAUCGCGGUCAACAUCGCCCUGGAGCGCUUUCGCUACGGGGACCAGCGAGAAAUGGAGUUUCCCUCUUCUUUGACCAGUACUGAAAGAGCCUUUAUUCAUCGACUGAGUCAGUCUCUUGGUUUGGUGUCUAAAAGUAAAGGAAAGGGAGCAAAUAGAUACCUAACUGUGAAGAAGAAAGAUGGAUCAGAAACAGCUCAUGCAAUGAUGACCUGUAAUUUGACCCAUAAUACAAAACAUGCUGUUAGGAGCCUAAUUCAAAGAUUUCCUGUCACCAAUAAAGAGCGCACUGAACUUCUGCCUAAAACAGAAAGAGGAAAUGUGUUUGCAGUUGAAGCCGAAAACCGAGAAAUGAGCAAGACAAGUGGGCGACUCAACAAUGGCAUACCUCAAAUUCCAGUGAAAAGAGGGGAGUCUGAAUUUGAUUCUUUCCGGCAAUCUUUGCCAGUGUUUGAGAAACAAGAAGAAAUUGUUAAAAUAAUUAAGGAAAAUAAAGUAGUUUUGAUUGUUGGAGAAACUGGGUCUGGAAAGACCACGCAGAUUCCUCAGUUUCUUUUAGAUGAUUGCUUUAAAAAUGGUAUCCCCUGCCGUAUAUUUUGUACUCAGCCACGACGGUUAGCAGCAAUUGCUGUGGCCGAAAGAGUUGCUGCAGAGAGAAGGGAAAGGAUUGGUCAAACGAUUGGUUAUCAGAUCCGACUAGAAAGCAGGGUUUCACCAAAGACACUUCUGACAUUUUGCACUAAUGGGGUAUUGCUUCGUACACUGAUGGCAGGAGAUAGUACAUUGUCAACGGUGACACAUGUUAUUGUGGAUGAAGUGCACGAAAGGGAUCGAUUUAGUGAUUUUUUACUUACGAAGUUAAGAGAUUUGUUGCAAAAGCACCCAUCUUUGAAACUAAUUCUUUCUAGUGCUGCCUUGGAUGUAAAUCUCUUUAUAAGAUAUUUUGGGAGUUGUCCAGUGAUAUAUAUACAGGGAAGACCAUUUGAAGUGAAAGAAAUGUUUCUGGAAGAUAUCUUAAGAACUACUGGAUAUACAAACAAGGAAAUGUUAAAGUACAAAAAGGAAAAGCAGCGAGAAGAGAAACAACAGACCACACUUACCGAAUGGUAUUCGGCUCAAGAGAAUACUCUCAAGCCUGAGUCUCAGAGGCAGAGAACUGUUCCAAAUGUGACUGAGGAGUAUGAUUUAUUGGAUGAUGGUGGUGAUGCUGCCUUUAGCCAGCUGACAGAAAAAGAUGUGAAUUGCCUUGAGCCAUGGUUAAUAAAGGAAAUGGAUGCCUGUCUUUCUGAUAUAUGGCUACAUAAAGAUAUUGAUGCUUUUGCUCAGGUUUUUCACCUUAUUUUAACAGAAAAUGUUAGUGUUGACUACAGACACAGUGAGACCAGCGCCACAGCUCUGAUGGUUGCUGCAGGACGAGGCUUCACCAGUCAAGUGGAGCAGUUAAUUAGCAUGGGAGCCAACGUCCACAGCAAAGCGUCAAAUGGCUGGAUGGCUUUAGAUUGGGCUAAACACUUUGGGCAGACUGAAGUUGUGGACCUUCUGGAAUCUUACAGUGCUUCAUUGGAAUUUGGAAAUCUGGAUGAAAGUUCUCUGGUUCAAACCAAUGGAAAUGACCUCAGUGCAGAAGACAGAGAACUCCUGAAAGCUUAUCAUCAUAGUUUUGAUGAUGAAAAGGUAGACUUGGAUUUGAUCAUGCAUCUUCUGUACAAUAUCUGCCAUAGUUGUGAUGCUGGUGCAGUAUUAAUUUUCCUACCUGGAUAUGAUGAAAUUGUUGGACUGAGGGAUCGUAUUCUCUUUGAUGACAAACGAUUUGCUGACAAUACACAUAGAUAUCAAGUCUUUAUGCUUCAUUCAAAUAUGCAAACAUCUGAUCAGAAGAAGGUAUUAAAAAACCCACCAGCAGGUGUUCGAAAAAUAAUCCUUUCCACCAACAUUGCUGAAACCAGCAUCACGGUUAAUGAUGUUGUCUUUGUUAUUGAUUCUGGCAAGGUAAAAGAGAAAUCCUUUGAUGCACUGAAUUUUGUUACAAUGUUAAAAAUGGUAUGGAUUUCCAAAGCUAGUGCCAUACAGCGAAAAGGCAGAGCUGGGCGUUGUAGACCUGGAAUUUGUUUUCGUCUGUUCAGUAGGCUCCGAUUCCAGAAUAUGUUGGAAUUUCAGACCCCAGAACUUUUGAGAAUGCCAUUACAGGAACUUUGUUUACAUACCAAGCUGUUAGCCCCAGUUAAUUGUGCCGUUGCUGACUUCCUUAUGAAAGCUCCUGAACCCCCGCCAGCUUUGAUUGUAAGAAAUGCUGUACAGAUGCUGAAGACAAUAGAUGCAAUGGAUGCCUGGGAAGAUCUGACUGAACUUGGAUAUCACUUGGCUGACUUGCCAGUCGAGCCACAUCUUGGCAAAAUGGUGCUGUGCGCUGUUGUUCUGAAGUGUCUGGAUCCCAUUCUUACAAUUGCCUGCACUCUGGCCUACCGAGAUCCUUUUGUGCUGCCCACCCAGGCCUCUCAAAAGCGUGCAGCGAUGCUUUGCAGGAAGCGUUUCACUGCAGGAACUUUCAGUGACCACAUGGCGCUUCUCAGAGCCUUCCAGGCUUGGCAGAAAGCUCGAAGUGAUGGGUGGGAACGAGCCUUUUGUGAAAAGAAUUUUCUUUCACAAGCUACCAUGGAAAUAAUUAUAGGCAUGAGAACACAGUUGCUUGGUCAACUUAGAGCAUCAGGUUUCGUUAGAGCACGAGGUGGUGGUGACAUUCGCGAUGUUAACACAAAUUCUGAGAACUGGGCUGUUGUUAAAGCUGCAUUGGUGGCAGGCAUGUAUCCUAAUUUAGUCCAUGUGGACAGAGAGAAUGUAGUACUGACAGGGCCAAAAGAGAAAAAAGUGCGCUUUCAUCCCACUUCAGUUCUCAGUCAGCCUCAAUAUAAAAAGAUUCCUCCAGCUAAUGGCCAAGCUGCGGCAAUUCAAGCACUCCCCACAGACUGGCUUCUUUAUGAUGAGAUGACCAGAGCGCAUAGAAUAGCGAAUAUCAGGUGUUGCUCGGCAGUGACGCCUGUCACUGUGUUGGUAUUCUGUGGACCUGCUAGGUUGGCAAGUAAUGCUCUCCAGGAACCCUCCUCCUUUAGAGCGGAUGGCAUUCCCAAUGACAGUAGUGACAGUGAGGUGGAAGACAGGACUACGGCUCAUUUAGCAGCUCUGAAACUUGAUGAGUGGCUCAACUUCAAGCUGGAGCCCGAGGCAGCCAGUUUAUUGCUGCAGCUCAGGCAAAAGUGGCAUAGCUUAUUUUUACGCCGAAUGAGAGCUCCAUCUAAACCUUGGUCCCAAGUUGAUGAAGCCACGAUAAGAGCGAUCAUAGCUGUUUUGAGCACUGAAGAGCAGUCUGCAGGUUUGCAGCAGCCCUCUGGGAUUGGCCAAAGGCCCAGACCCAUGUCUUCAGAAGAACUCCCCUUGGCAUCAUCUUGGAGGUCAAAUAAUAGUAGGAAAAGUACAGCAGAUACUGAAUUUUCUGAUGAAUCGACUGCUGCAGAAAGAGUAUUGAUGAAGUCUCCGUCUCCAGCAUUACACCCACCUCCGAAGUACAAGGAUAGAGGAAUUUUGCAUCCCAAACGAAGCACUGAUGACCGAUCGGAUCAGUCUUCUGUGAAAUCCACAGACAGCAGUAGUUACCCUAGUCCUUGCGCUAGUCCUUCUCCUCCGUCCUCAGGAAAGGGCUCAAAAUCUCCUUCUCCAAGACCAAACAUGCCUGUUCGAUACUUCAUAAUGAAGAGCAGUAAUUUGAGAAACCUUGAAAUUUCUCAGCAGAAGGGCAUCUGGUCUACGACCCCUAGUAAUGAGCGGAAGCUGAAUCGAGCCUUUUGGGAAAGCAGCAUGGUUUACUUGGUGUUUUCUGUUCAGGGGUCUGGACAUUUCCAGGGAUUCUCUAGGAUGUCUUCAGAGAUAGGAAGGGAGAAGAGCCAGGACUGGGGCUCAGCUGGACUAGGAGGAGUGUUUAAGGUGGAGUGGAUACGAAAGGAAAGCCUUCCCUUUCAGUUUGCACACCAUUUACUCAAUCCUUGGAAUGACAACAAGAAAGUCCAGAUAAGCAGAGAUGGGCAGGAACUGGAACCUCAGGUUGGUGAACAGUUGCUCCAGUUAUGGGAACGCCUUCCAUUGGGAGAAAAAACCACAGCUGACUGACAAUCAGAACAUUAUACCUAUUUAUAACCAUUGAAUGCACUGACUUCCAAAAACUGAGAUAAGGUUCUGUGUCACGAAUGGACUUUUCUGGUUUAGAGUGUUGCUUCAGAACGACCGUCUUCAUAUACAAGAGAAAAGGAUUAUUUAAAUUUCUCUAAUGAUCACAGAGUAUGAUUAGGUAAUACCUGUUAAUUGUAUGUUUAUGAAGAAAGUAGUGUUGUCAUUUGAUACAACAGCGUUGAAGUUCAACAUUUCAUUUCCUUAAACACUGAAUUAUAACUCUUACUGAUGACUUUUUAAUGCAAAGUAAAUUGUUUACUUUUCAGAAAGUUGUGAAUACAUCAGUACAUCUGAGCACCAUUUUAGGAGUCAACUCAAGAGUUAGUAUUUAAAAAACCAAUCAAAUUCUAAAAAUAGUACUUUGAAAAAUACUAUGUAUUGAUUAAGGGCUAUUCACAUUACCAUUUUAACCUAAUACACGUUAACACAAAAAGGAGGGUUAUUCUUCCCUGGGAUUGUGAAUGCAGUAGAAUCUGAAGAAAGGCAAAGAGUUGCCCUUGCCUGCACCGUGUUCUUGUCCCACCUCUUCCAGCUGGCACAUACCGUACUCCCUCCACCUUCCCUCGCGGUAACCACCUUCGCACGUCUCAGAUGAAUAGUCAUGAUGACUCUACUUUUGUUUUGGCUACAGAAACUUGAUUUAGACACAUUAAAAAUUUAAAGUUCAUAUAGUUUAAAAAUAAUGUUCAGCAGUUAUUGGUAGCUUGGUUGCUGAGUAUCUUCGAAACAAAAGCCCACAAGCACCAUAAUUCUAAAUGCCUUCUUCCAUUUCUUCAGUUCCUUUUCUCCAACUUACAUGUUCAGGUAUGAUUUUCUCAUUUUUUUAUUAUUUGUGGUUUAAUAAGUGGGACAUAUUUUUUUUUGGUAAACCUGUGAUAGGGACAGUCUCAUACAUUAUGUUGUCAUCUCAGAACAAUUUGGCUUGACCUUUUUACCACCACUGUUCAUAAAGUUUCUUUAGAGACUUUUUGAAGGAAAAAUAGAAGUAUGGGGAAAAAUGAAAGAAAUGUCUUGAUUACUGAACUCUAGAUAGAACAGUUUUUCUUAUCACUUCUUAUAACACAUGGGGUCCUUGUUAUAAGGAAAAAACACGAAUCUCAUUUAAAGACAAAGAACUCUGGUUCUGUAUUUCAGAACAAAGAAGUGAAAAAUCAGGGUCAGCAUAAAAUCUCAAGAGCCCUUCUAUUUUCUCUGGGAAAGCACUGUAUAUUGGUGCACUAGUUUAGAAUGUCAACUGUGAUUUUUGCCUGUAUUUGUAGUUAUUAGGUUUUGUUUGUUUGUUUUGGACUUUGAGCCAUACCUGUAAAUUGAGCCUAUGUGAAUUAUGUUCUAUUGUAUGUAUAUUACAGAACUUUUCUUAUUAGAGCAACCAACUUGUGUUUUCCUGAUAAUGUGUACCUUUUUUUAGGUAUAUAGUCACAAUGUUCUAAAUUUGGAAUGACUUUUAAAAUAUAAAACUUGUUUUAAUUUUCAUCUGUUUUCUGAUAUCUAGCCCUGUAUGUAAAUGAUGGAUUUGUUAGUAUUUAAAAUGAAUAUAAUUUGAAUGUAAUUAAAAUACUGUUUUUGGAAGAUAUGAACUUUAAAUAUACUUAAUAAAUGCAAUUCUAUUAAAUUA